GGUCCUCAUUGUAUAUAACAUAGAUAUAAAAGUUGAUGCAUAAUAAUGUCUACUGAUGUCUUCAUGAUAAUAAAAGAUUAAUGCUUAAUGCUAAUAUGCUAUGUAAAUAAGGCUGAACAAAAUUACGACGGGAAGACAAAUGAAAGCGCCUCAUUACGCGUGCGCGCGCUCCUGCUCGCGCUCAGCACUCCGCUCUCCACGCCAGAGACCAGAAACUUUUUUUCUGCGGUUGGUCAGCACAUCAUGAGACUGUCCGUCGCUUUUCGCCAUGCUUGCCAAAGCCAUUCAAACACGCAUAGGUCCAUGCGUGCAUUUAGACCACAGAAGACGUUCGUGCCGGCGAAUACCGGUGGGGUUUUCUCGCUACCGGUACGAAGAGCUUCGUCAAGCAACGGGGCCGGCUCUGUCGAGCCUCCCAUCGGGCUGCGGAAGCGUCGGGAGCACGAAACGAACAGCGAGGGCUCUGAAUAUGCGAGCGCCACUAGGGACGUUGUCCAGAGGAGCAGAGAGGAGCUUGCUUCUAUAAUCAAAGCUCAUCCAACCAGUAAACCCACCUUAGCUGUCAUACAGGCCGGUGAUGAAGACGGUAUGCUGGACACAAAUAAGAAAAUGGCCGGAAAGGUUGGCCUGAAUGUGAUGCAGAUAUGUCUGCCACGGCACUGCGUCGAGGAGGAGGUGAUGGACGAGGUGCAGAGGCUGAACGAGGACCCAGCCGUCCACGCUGUGCUCCUGGCUCUUCCCCUGUCCAUCCUGUCCCGGAGACUCCUCAACACCAUCAAGCCCGAGAAAGACGUGGACGGGCUUUCAGACCUGAACGUGGGUCGCAUGAUAUCAGGAGACCUAUCAGAAGGAUUUCUAUCACCUGUGGUAGGAGCUGUGAUGGAGCUGCUGGCUAGAUACGAUGGUCCCUUGGCUGGGAAGCGGGUUGUGCUGCUUGGGCUGGAAGGGCCCCUGAAGGCGAUUUUCCAGAGCCUGCUGGAGAGGGAGGGCGUGGAGGUGAGCGCUAGCCAGUGGAACCCGGAUGCCCUGCAGAAACAGGUCAGGCAGGCGGAUGUCCUAGUGGCAAUGGGGACUGGCCCCGUGGCACUUCCUCAGACCUGCUUCAAACCCGGCAUGACUCUCAUUAACUGUGGGCCUGCCGUAACGCCAGGUGCAGCCUGGAAAAGGGGUGCGGGGUUCUCGGUCGGUGUGGAGCAGAGGGUGGAGGCUGAGUCCUGGGCGGAGAUCGGCCCGCUGAGUGCCGCCCUCAGGAUGCAGAACGUGGUGAAGAGCUUUGCUAGGUGGGCGGAGCAGCAGCGGUAUCGGCCAUGGACACUGCGUCCCCUGAAGCUCCAGCCGCUGUCUCCCGUGCCCAGUGAUGUGGAGAUCUCCAGGGCCCAGGUGCCGAAGCCCAUAUGGCAGCUGGCUGAGGAGGUGGGCCUACUCCCGCAGGAGCUGGAGGCCUACGGCCGCUCCAAGGCCAAGGUCGGCCUUGCGCUCCUCGCACGUCUGCGCCACCAGCCCAACGGCAAAUAUGUCCUGGUGGCAGGGAUCACUCCCACUCCUCUCGGAGAAGGAAAGAGUACCGUGACUAUUGGUCUGGUCCAGGCACUUUCUGCUCAUCUCAAGCUCAACUCCUUCGCCUGCCUGAGGCAGCCCUCUCAAGGCCCCACAUUUGGAGUCAAAGGAGGUGCAGCGGGAGGAGGCUACGCUCAGGUCAUUCCCAUGGAGGAGUUUAACCUCCACCUCACUGGCGAUAUCCAUGCCAUAACAGCAGCCAAUAACCUGGUGGCAGCGGCUGUCGAUGCACGCAUCCUUCACGAAGCCACCCAGUCAGACAAGGCCUUGUACAGAAGACUGGUGCCGACCAUUAACGGUGUGAGACGCUUCUCUGCCAUACAGCUGCGACGUCUGCAGCGUCUUGGAAUCAACAAGUCGGACCCUGGUGCCCUCACGCCGGAGGAGGUCAGCUCCUUUGUUCGCCUCGACAUUGACCCUGCAAAGGUCACUUGGCAGAGAGUGAUCGACACCAACGACCGUUUCCUGCGGAAGGUCACCAUUGGCCAGGCGCCCACGGAGAAAGGCCACAGCCGGCAGACUCAGUUCGAUAUAGCGGUGGCCAGUGAGAUCAUGGCCAUCCUGGCUUUGGCGGAUGGGCUGGCGGACAUGAAGGCCAGGCUGGGCCGCAUGGUGGUGGGCAGCAGCAGGAGCGGGCAGCCCGUGACAGCCGACGACCUCGGUGUAACUGGAGCUCUGGCUGUGCUGAUGAAAGACGCCGUCAAACCCACCCUGAUGCAAUCGCUGGAGGGAACACCAGUGUUCGUGCACGCAGGGCCGUUUGCUAACAUCGCCCAUGGCAACUCAUCCAUACUAGCAGAUCGGCUUGCCCUCAAACUGGUUGGAGAGGAAGGCUAUGUGGUGACGGAGGCCGGCUUCGGCGCCGACAUCGGUAUGGAGAAGUUCUUCAACGUCAAGUGCCGUGCCUCCGGACUGAGGCCCGACGUGGUGGUGCUGGUCGCCACCGUCCGAGCUCUGAAGAUGCACGGAGGAGGCCCCAGUGUAACAGCAGGGCUUCCAUUACCAAGAGAGUACACCGAGGAGAAUCUAAAGUUGGUAUCAGAAGGCUGCAGUAACCUGAAGAAGCAAAUUGAGAUCGCUCACUUGUUCGGCGUUCCAGUUGUCGUCGCUCUCAAUAUCUUUAAGACCGACACGCAGGCGGAGAUCGACCUGGUCUGCCGCGUCGCCCAGGCCUCCGGGGCGGAGGCGGCCGUGCCGUGUCAUCACUGGGCGCGGGGCGGGCGGGGCUCCGUGGACCUAGCCCGUGCGGUGAAGGAGGCGGCGGCGUGGGAGAACGGCUUCCGCUUCCUGUACAGCCUGCAGACCCCUAUCGCGGAGAAGAUUCGCACAAUCGCCCAGAAGGUUUACGGGGCCGACGACAUUGAGUUGUCUCCCGAAGCCCAAGCCAAAAUUGACUAUUACAAUCAACAGGGAUAUGACACUCUGCCUAUCUGCAUGGCGAAGACCCACCUGUCCCUGUCUCACAUCCCUGACAAAAAGGGCGUGCCCACCGGUUUCAUCCUGCCAAUCAGAGACAUCCGUGCCAGUAUUGGGGCAGGGUUUAUAUACCCAUUGGUUGGAACAAUGAGUACCAUGCCAGGCUUGCCAACACGACCCUGUUUCUACGAUGUUGACCUUGAUCCGGCUACCGAGGAGAUAUCAGGCCUCUUUUGAGUUUCCUCAUGUUGAACACACACUCCCUAGUGAACCUGCCAUUACCAGUCAUCUCGUACGUAACGACAGCAAGGCUAGCAGCCAGUUCCCUAACUGCUCAGGCAGUCAGAGGACCAGUGCCUUUUCCAGACAUGCCUGAUACUUUUCCAGCCUUCUGCGUGCUUUAUUCACACAAAAAAAACAAAAAAACACGUUCUAUGUGCAGUCGUAUGCACAUAGAGAAGAAAACUGCUUUGAGUCCUUUUUUUUUCUUGUUGUACCAGAUGUCUGUAAUUGCAGUGUUGAAUUUUACCAGUUGAGUCAGUAAUUGUAAAGAAAGACUAAGAUUAAUCCUGUGUGCGCAUCUUUGUGUUUAGAUUUCACACUCCCAACAUGUUUUAAAACUGAUUGUAUUUGAGUUUAUUUCCAUAAGGUGCAUUUCAACAAGGUGAAAAGCAUGAUUAUUUGCCGAAAAGUACUCGUUUCAAAACAGAAAUGGUCAGGACCAGUUCUGUAUUUUAGACAGGUGGGAAAAAAAUCAUAUUUAAGUGCAUUCAAGCUGAUUUGAUCUACUUAAAGACUGAGGCUAUGCUGUUUUGUUUUGUUUUUUUUAAUUAAGCAUUAACAUUUUUAAGUUCUGUGUUCUAAGUCUUGCGCACAAUGCUUUUUAUGCAGUUUUUGUUUUUUUAACACACAGGGCCUAACAUGGAAUAUCUUAACUGCCGUAUGUCCUGAGGAAAGUCUGUGAUGUUUACCUCAUCUCUGACACACUUCUGUGUGUCUUAUAAUAAAUGUACGUUUAUGUAA